AAGUUUUUUGAUAGAAUUGGUGAAAUUUAGUGUGUGAAUAUUUUCUAAAAACCUAUCAACAAUGAGUGAAGAUUCAAAUAGCAAUUACUUAUAUGCAGUGAUUUGUUUUCUGAAGAAAAAUAAGAAAAAAAAAUCCCAAGUAGACUUCAUUCCGUCAUCAUGGAUUGUAAAAGUUGACGAAAAUAAUAUUUUUUGUAAAUAUCCACCAAAAGAAGAUUACAAUCUAAUACCUGAGUGGCUGACUCUGUUAAAGGGUCCAGAAGAUGAUUGGAAUUUAUUUCCUAUCACAAUCAUCUCGUAUGCACGAGAUUUAGAACAAGGAAACCGUCGCCUUGAUCGUGCAUACAUCAAAAAUGAUGUUAAAAGUACUGAUGAUGAAAGUGCUGUAUGUGACGAUAUUUCAAAGAAAUCACAACCUAGAUCCAUGGCAGAGAUAAAGCGUAAAAUAAAACCGUUGUCUUCAACAAGUCAGUUAUCACCAAUUUCUGAAACCAUAUCAGAUGAAUCAAUACAACAAACAGAGAAAAAUCAUCAUUCAACAACAGUAGAAGUGAAAAAAAUAAUUGCAUCAACUAAUAAAAAAUACGACCAAUUUGAUGAAAAAUUAAAAAUUUUAUCGGAUGAUAUUGAACACUCUCAUCCAGAUUUGGCAUUAUUGAAAGACUAUAUUGAUGCAAGAUGUUCAAAAAUGACCGAAGAAUUACGAACUCAACUCUUCUCUAUCAAACGAAGCCUACAGUAUGAUCUUAAAGAAAAAAAUAAUGAAUUAAAACAUACUUCAAUCGUCAAUACAAAUACUCAAGGACCAAGUAUGAGUGUAUCAGAUGCAAGAAAAGCUCUGGGAGUGUCUCUUCCAUUAAUGCAAAUUGAAGAUUUUUUGAAGUUUGAGGAUUUGCUUAAAAAUUCAGAGGAAAAACAGAAUGCGUUGAAAACUUUAUAUCGUAUUUUAAUAAUCGGAGAAAUAACAGUAACAACCUGUAUAAAAAAAAUUAUGUUAGCAACUGUUGAUAAACAAAUUGAGUUAGAGUAUUCUGGGACAGGAAAAAAAAAUAAAAAAGCUAUCAGCACUAAACGCGAUCUUAGUGCAACUCAAACAUUCACUUGUUUACAAGAUGUUAUCGUUGAAAAAUUUGGCGAUAAAGAAGAAGUAAAGAAUUUACCUGGAGAAGUGGGACGUUGGCUGUCUGGAGCCAAUGAUAGUGGUGGAGGAAGAAAACAACGAUAA